AUGUCUGCAGGGGUUUGGAAAGAGCAGGUCGCGGAUAAACGCAAACGCCAACAAGAGGCCAUACCUCCAGAAUGGCGGUACAUUGACUUGCCCUCAAAUGAUCAACUCAAUGUCCUGGAUGUGCCUGCGACUUGCGGUCUUCUAACACCGCUAGAGCUCGAGAUAACGAAUGUGUCUGAUGUGUCUGUGCUGCUGAAGCAACUUGCCAGCGCUCAGUGGUCGUCAGUUCAAGUCACAACUGCAUUCUGUAAACGGGCUGUGAUCGCGCACCAGUUGACCAAUUGCUUGACCGAGAUAUUUCUUGCGAGAGCGCUCGACCGUGCAGCAGAAUUGGACGAAUACCUCAAGCAACAUGGAACUGUGAUGGGGCCGCUGCAUGGUCUACCCAUUUCUCUCAAGGAUCAGUUCUGUGUUAAGGGACUAGAAACUGUCAUGGGAUAUGCUGCUUGGAUUGGGAAGGUGGCCGCAGAAAAUGCCGUUCUAGUAGAUCUACUUCUCGAUUGCGGUGCGGUACUAUACGUAAGGACAAACCUACCGCAAACGUUGAUGUGGGCUGAGACGAACAACAACGUGUUUGGAAGAACGGUAAAUCCAUAUAAUCGGAACUUUGCUGCGGGAGGUUCAUCUGGGGGCGAAGGCUCCCUAAUCGCCAUGCAUGGAAGUAUAUUAGGUGCCGCAACUGACGUUGCCGGGUCCAUCCGUAUCCCAGCGCACUUUUGUGGUAUUUACGGUUUCAAGCCUUCAGCACACCGCAUUCCCUCCUACGGUAUUUCCGAUGCCCUUGACGGGCAGGACUCCAUCCCGACUUGCAUAGGUCCGCUCUCAAGCUCGCUAUCAGGAUUGAUGGUAUUUUUCCAGGCUGUGCUCUCCAAGCAGCCUUGGCGCCGAGAUCCCAGGACAUUAAACAAACCUUGGGAUCAAGAUGCGUACAUGCUCAAGGGACAAAAUGAGGGAGAGCAAUUAUGUUUUGGCCUGUUGUGGAAUGAAGGAACCAUCACGCCCACACCUCCAGUCAACAGGGCGCUCGAACAAACGAAGGCGGCACUAGAGAAGGCUGGUCACAUAGUAAUUAACUGGGAGCCUUUCAAGCACAAAGAAUUUUAUGUCAACGCGCGUGCUAUUUGGACAUCCGACGGUUAUGCAGAUUACCGAGCAUCUGUAAAUACCGGUGAACCGCUUCUUCACUCAAUGAAACCUGACGCCGAUCCAUCGGAUGUCCCCCCACAUCGCCGUCCACGCGAACCUCUCAGUUCAUUCGACGUAUGGCAGUUGAACAAGGAAAGGCGCGAGUUACGGAAGGCCCAUCUUGAUUAUUGGGAGUCAAGCAUAACUAGAACCGGGACUGGAAGACCGGUUGAUGCACUUAUUUGCCCAGGAGGUCCAUACCCAGCGGUCCCCCAUGGCCAUGCACGUCCAUCUUUCUAUACAUGGAUGUGGAACUCCUUGGACUACCCAGUUCUCGCAAUCCCCGUCACGAAAGUGGAUGCAUCGCAGGAUGUCAAGCCGCCGCCUCACAAGUUCCUCUCUGCCGAUGACGAAGGAGUAUAUCAGCUGUACGACCCGGUGUUAUUUGACGGGUUGCCUGUAGGGAUCCAAGUAAUGUGCCCAACGCAACACGAGGAAAUGCUAUUAGCCAUCGGAAAAAUCGUGGACAAGUCACUUCAUGACAUUGGGAAGCAGUAG